GCAAAAUAUCUCCACAGAACGUUACCACUAUUGUCGAUGUUGGUGUUUGGAUGCAGCAACGUUGGUUAUGGUGGGGCUCGGCAAGUUUCCCUUCCACAUGACGGCACGGCACGAUGAUUUCCAGCCAGGGUUUCGGGACCCGGCAGCUGGACACGAUGGCCUGUGCCAAGAACAUUCCAACGAGAAUCGAGAAGAUCAUCAAAAAUAGAUCCAUCUUCACCCGGGAGGCCAGAACAAUCGAAGAUCUUUCAAGUUUCGCCUCAGCUGAAGAUCAUGAAGAUCGACCUGAAACCACCUGAAAAGUGAUGAGUUGAAGACUUUGGAAUCGCAGAUGCAACCACUACAGUUCGGCAUAAACAAACUGAACGAAUCGACGGAAAUCAGAGCAGCCACCUCCACAUCUCCUCCGCAAACCUCCUUUCCACCACCACGAACCACGACAAGGGUUGUCUUCCGAAGGGCACAAACGGGCACACGGGUAGGAGCAGAUGGCGCAAAACAACGCCUUCUUUGCAUCCCCAUUCCCGUAUAUUUCUUUUGCCGACGGACCCCUCAACGUCAAUGUUACCGGCCCAAUACCUCAGAAAUGGACGCCUCGGACUUCGGCACUGGAGGCAAGUUUGAGAGGUCGAUAAAAAAUCCCAAAAAUGGAAAUGCAAAAUACCGCUCUGACCAACAUCAAAAGAUUCAGGUCCCCACUGUCCCAUCAACGUGGCUCGGAUCAAACCCCAAGCGUUCUAGGCUCUUGGUUGGCGUUCAAUAGUGACAGCUUGGACAGGAGGCCAUCAUGCCAGUCACUUGGCUGCAGCCCAAUCAUCUCGGGGCGAAAUCGAAUGCCCAUCCCCAUACACAACAACUCCCAUCUGAUGCUGGCUCUUGGGGCUUCCCAAUGUGGGAGGUAAGGUGUUUGCUGGUCACUGCAGCGAGUGCAGUGCGAGCGUUAUUCCGGGCAUCCAGUGCGGCUGGAAGCACUGAUGGUGUGGAUUGGCGGUGAUGGAGUGAUUCGAGAUGAGCCCAGCCAAUCACAUCGACUCCUUUCGGCAAGCAGCCCCUCUUGGCAGCUCUUGGACCCUGGGAUUCAGACGAACAAGCACCCCUGUCCCCAAUAAUACGAACGUGGGAAGCGAACAGGGGGGGCCGGAUAGGAUAAGGCAGAGGUCGAGGCUUUGGGUGAGAUGCGGGAUCCGCAUUCGCCAGGGGGUCACAAGGUUCAUGCAGGCCUCACUCCCAAUCUCCUCUCUCAGUUCGUCGACGGAAGAGAAAGAAAAAAACCGAUAUGAAAACCACCGCUGCCGCUCACAUCGGCCUGUGGGUCGACUCCUGUUCUUCUUCUUCUCUUUCUUCUUGAAACACCCCGUUUGUGCGACAGAAGAGACGUUCAGUCUUUCUUCUUCUCGGGCAUUGUCGUCUGCUGUUGUCCGAUCUUACAUACGUUCGCUUUCCGCCAUAUCAUUCACUCGCUCACUCGCUCGAAUCCGAGACGAGAUCUCACACAUCGUACAACCCUCGCUAUAUAGACUCGACAUUUCCGUCAUAAUACCUAAUGUUUUAGACAAGAUCGCAACCAGAGAACCGAGACACAAUGAGAACCAGAACCAGCAAGGGCUCUAUCCUUGCCGGCCUGCUCCUGGCAGCGGGAGCGGGAACCGGCAGGGCGGAUCCGACAUGGCCCGCACCUACCGAUCAGAUGGAGGAGAUUGUUUUCCAGCUUCAGGGCAUGGACGGGAGUUUGUUCAGUGAUAACAUCACGCCUUGUGAUAAUGAGGCCGCUGGGCCGGGGAGGGUGACAGCUAGCGAGUGGCUGCGUGUUGCUUUUCAUGACAUGGCUACCCAUAACAGGUUUUUUGACCGGGGCGGUCUCGACGGCUCGUUGCAAUUCGAGCUUAGAAGCUCUGAAAACACGGGCCCAGGACACAACACCACACUCCAGUUCUACGCGACAUACUUGUCCAGCCGGUCAAGUCUCGCAGAUCUGAUCGCGGCCGGAGCGUAUGCCGCCGUUCGCGCCUGCGGAGGACCAGUCAUUCCACUGAGAUUGGGACGCAAGGAUGCGCUGACGGCCGGCUCCUCUGGUGUUCCCCAACCAGAGAACUCAGUUGGCAGUUUCGUAUCGCAGUUCGACCGCAUGGGCUUCUCCCAGGCUGAGAUGAUUCAAGUCGUGGCCUGCGGUCAUACGCUCGGAGGAGUUCACAGGACCGAGUUCCCCAACAUCAUUCCCGCCGGCGUGUCCAAUAUUCCCUUUGAUACGUCCAAGGCCACCUUCGACAACAGGAUUGCCACCGAGUAUGUGUCUGGUAACACCACCAACCCCCUCGUAGUUGGUCCAGCAAUUGCUAUCAACCGCCAUUCCGAUUUCAAGGUCUUCAACAGUGACGGAAACGCCACUAUCAACACCAUGACAUCGCCCAGUGCUUUCCAGAGCAUUUGCCAGACUGUUUUGCAGAAGAUGAUCGAUGUGGUACCGUCCACUGUGACUUUGACUCCACCUAUCGCUCCGUACACCGUCAAGCCGCAGGAUAUGCAGCUCACUCUUCAGUCCGGUGGCGCCAGCUUCCUCCUUACCGGAAAGAUCCGUGUCCGGACUACCGAGAUUCCCGGUAGCACCAUCACCAACUUGGUUUUGACUUGGAAAGACAGGAACGGUGGUAACAGCUGUGGCUCUUUGUCAUCCUGCUCCACGACCGCUACUCUUCAGGGUAUUGCCAACGGUUUCGAUGACACCUUUGCCUUUUUCCCGAUUGAGGCUACCAUCCCUACAUCGACCGGCAUCUCCUCUUUCACAAUCACCAUCAACCGCAACGAUGGCUCGAGCCAGAUAUUCGACAACAAUGGAAACACCUACCCCUUGUCGGACGCCGUUGUCUUGCAAAAGACCCAGAGCUGCCUGUUGCAGACAUCAGGCCAACUCACUGUUGCGGCCGUUGUUCGCAACGAUGUCGUCGGUGUUCCAGUGAACCUCGAUAUCGAGUAUCAGACGCCCCGGACCGGUAACAGCGGCAACCCAGUCCCUGCCAUCAACACAGCUACUGUUCAAAUGACCGAAGGUGACUGUGUCGGUCCCUACACUUUCUACUCGGCAAGCUACACCAUCCCCGGCGGCCGCAGCUACAACGCCAGAAUCAGCAUCACUGCUGGCGAGCACACCGAUGACUUCAACAAGGCCAGCAUCUUUGGCGGUACAUGUGGCAGCUUUACAGGCACCCUUGCCUGCGGCAACGUUACUGAACCCGUUAGCACUACGAGCUCUUCGGCCACCGCCUCCAGCACCUCGACCUCGGUCUCGAGCAGCGUGGUCACAACCACGACUACCGGCAGCACCGGUGUUCCCACCCCUAGCAUCAGACCCAGCGUUGGUGGCUACAGCUUUGUUGACUGCUGGACCGAAGGUGCUGGUGGCAUCCGCGCUCUUGGCGGUGCGUCUUUUGCCUACGAUGAGAUGACUCUUGAAUCCUGCGCCGCCAACUGCACUGGUUUCGAUCUCUGGGGUACUGAGUAUGGCCGUGAGUGCUACUGCGGAAACAGCCUUCACUCCAGCAGCUCCGAGGCUCCUGAAGCCGAGUGCAACAUGCCCUGCGGUGGUGAUCCGAGUGCCUUCUGCGGUGCUGGCAACAGAAUCCAGCUCUAUUCUACCACGGCCACACGCAGCACGUCUGCUACUCCCACGCCAACUGCUACCUUGAGCAUCAAGCCUACUGUUGGUGCUUAUGUGCGUGUUGGAUGCCAGACUGAGGCCUCUGCCGGUCGCGCCUUGUCGGGGAACAGCUAUGCUUCUGAUGACAUGACUCUUGAGUCUUGUGCUGCUUUCUGCAGCGGCUUCACGUAUUUCGGCACUCAGUACUCUCGUGAAUGCUUCUGCGGAAACACUAUCAAUGGCAACAGCGCUCCUGCUCCCGAUGCGGAUUGCAGCAUGACCUGCGCCGGCGACCCCUUCUCCUACUGCGGAGCUGGCAACAGAUUGGAGCUCUACAUCCUGGAGACUGCGUCCACCUCAACCACCGGUGCCCCUCCUGUCGAAGUUACGACCACGGCUACUGCCACUGCCACGUCUACCACUUCUGCUGCCCCCACAGGAACACUUUCCCGCGUGCCUACCGUUUCUCCCUAUAGUUACGCCGGCUGCUACACCGAGGGCACUGGCUCCCGCGCCCUCACCGGAAAGAGCACUUAUGACUCCGAGAUGACCCUCGAGUUCUGUGCCAGCUAUUGCUCUGGUUACAGGUACAUGGCCACCCAGUACAGCGCCGAGUGCUUCUGUGGGAACACGCUUCACUCAACUGCCACUGAAGCCGCCCAGGGCGACUGCUCCAUGACCUGCGCCGGCAACGAGUUCCAGUAUUGCGGAGGACCCAACAGACUCGAGCUGUACGUCCAGGAGGACAUCGAGGCCCCAGCUGCCCCUUCCCACCCAGAGGCCGUUGGCAACUGGACCUUCUACCAGUGCAGAACAGAGGGAAGCCCAGGACGCGCCUUGGCUGCCGAGACAUACGCCGCUGACACCAUGACUCUCGAGUCUUGCGCCGACUUUUGCGCUGGCUACACUUACUUUGGUACCGAGUACGCUAGGGAGUGCUUCUGCGGUAACUCUUUUGGUGUUGGCUCGAUCGAGGCGCCUGCGGCAGAGUGCUCCAUGACUUGCGCGGGUAACGGAUCGCAGUUCUGCGGUGCUGGUAAUCGUCUGAGUAUUUACCAAGCUGCUUAGAGCAAGUGAUCAGGGUGUUUGUUGGAUUGACGUUUUUUUUUUUUUUUUUUGUUUUUUUUGGGUUUCAUCGUGUAUAUAUUUAUUUUAGUCUUGCCCGUACAUUAGGAUAUCUUGUGAUCCAGGUGUAUACUUCCUGGUACUUUUGAAUACCUCAAACAUGCAAGUUUAUAAACAGAUAGAUCACCGACCUUUCCAACAUUGAUUGAUCCAGA